AUGCUGUUUAUGGAGUCCUAUCUGUUCUGCGCCUCGGUGCGACUGGGUGUUAUUUUGAUAAGCGCGUUUGCAUUGAUAAAAAGCAUUACUAUUUUAUAUGUUAUCUCGACGGAAGGCUUUGAUUUCACGCUUUCGCUAAUUUCCACUUUUGAUAUUAAUUUGAGCUACCGAGCCAGCUACUAUAUGGUCAGAGAUACCAUUUACUGGUUGGAACAGUAUCCCGAAGCGGUUACCAUACUUCUUCAGAUUUAUACGAUAAUCCAUUGCAUGUCCUGUAUUAUUGCCGCGUAUGGAGCUUAUAAACUUAAGAGAUAUUUGGUUUUACCUCUGGCGAUAUUCGAAUUUGUAUAUAUUGUGCAAAUCAUAACGCUUUUCGUCCUCUUUCUGCGAAUCGUCAGACAUUUCGUGAGCCUCGAAAAACUCAUAUUGCUAACUCUUACGGCGACUGCCUAUGCAAUGCUAACGGUCUAUGACUUCGUGGCGCUGCUCGCCUUUGAACAAAUCCUGAAACUUGUGCGGAGCAGGCAAUAUCAACAGCUUUAUGGCUCGGAUCCGUUUAGGCCCAGACUCAAUGCGACCCAAACGAAACAUGUAAAUGUUGUUAAUGUGGACAAAAAUGCGCCCAAAUGGUGGCAAAUUGAAAACUUGGAACCAAUUUCAAAUGAGCUAAAUAUCAACUCUGGCCAAGAUGAGGCCCACAAGCAUUUCCAGAGCCAGGAACUUUUGGCUGAAGUCUUGCUUCGUAAUGCCAUCAACUUGGGCUAUGCGCACAGAAAAGGAUUCUAG